AGCCACACCUGAAUCUCGACCUCCUCCUCCCAGCGACCAAAUCUGCCGCCGCGCCGCCCGCCGGAAGGAACGAAUCGAGCCCGCGAUGAACACCGACAUCACCGCGUCAGUGAAGCCGGAGUACCCGGUGGUGGAUCGGAACCCGGCCUUCACCAAGGUCGUCGGCAACUUCUCCGCGCUCGACUACAUGCGCCUCUCCACCAUCUCCGCCGUCUCCGUCACCGUCGGCUACCUCUCCGGGAUCAAGCCGGGGAUCCGCGGGCCGUCGAUGGUGACGGGGGGCCUCAUCGGGGUCCUGGGAGGGUUCAUGUACGCCUACCAGAACUCCGCCGGACGCCUCAUGGGGUUCUUCCCCAACGAAUCCGAGGUCGCGCGCUACAAGUACAAGCUGUAGUGGUAGGAGGCGCCAUUUCUCCUCGUCUCUCUACCGCAAAUGUUACAUCUUUGCUUUUAUCUUUCUCUAAUCUCGUGUGAGCAAUGUGUGGUCUUGGUGUAAUAAAUGGGGUGCCUUGCUGCACAGUAGUGAGGAAUUCAUGCUAUGAUUUUACUCGUUUUGUUAUGACCUGGUCAUAAUUUGGUCGCCAUUUUGGUAAACUUAUGGAAUGGGGAACUUUUGUAUUAUGAAAUGGCUUAUAGUGUCUCUA